AGUUGCAGCCAUUCUUUGUAAAAUUUAGUUAGACCAGCAGUCUUGCGCGUCAACAGUCGAUGAAAGUCAGAAAACUACCCUUUAGAGGUCUAUAAGUUAUAAAUACGAUUUACAUCAUUAUCAGUAAUAAAAUACAGGGAAAAAACCAGGUAAAGUAAUCGUUUAAAAUUGUAUUUAAAAGAAAUCAAUCUAUGUCUAGGAUAUUUUCAUAUGAGAGCAGUACCUUGAUCAAUGUUCACUUUUCAUCCAAUUUUUUUAUGUUCCUAAAAAUUAGAUGUAUCUUUGCAAGGUUAAAUUAUUAAUAUGGUCUAAACAGAAAAAUGUCUGAAAACGCGGAUGUUACAUCGAAAGAGCAGAGCCAAGCAUGGAUGACUGCCAGGCUUUCUCUAUCGCAAAUUAAACCUAAAGAGGACACUCAAUCACCACAAGCUUCCAAACCUCCCGUUGGUCACCCUUAUGUGCAAAACAUAAUGCAGUAUGGACCACCACCAGGUUAUGGAGCUCCCCCUCAAAGAAUGGAUUACAAUUCUUAUUCGGAAUACAAUAAUCCUGGAAUGUUAAGGCGUGCACCUCCUCCCAGAUUAUCACCCAAUCAGAGAUUACGCGCCUUUGGAAACGGACCCAAUAUGAACAUGAAUCAUCAAAUGAUGAUGAGGCCUCCACCCCUUCAAGCCCAAAAUAAAAUGCCCAGAGGAACAAUUCGGUUCAAUUUACAAUUUCAAACCCAACAACGACCGACUCAACAACCAUCAACAAGCAUAAGUCAGCCAAAUAACUCAGAAGUUAUUAGUUCAAAUGCAUUUACACAAAACACACAUUCACACAUUUCACAACCACCACCAACAUACAAAUCUUUCUCACUGCCUCGACAAGUUCCUCCAGGUCGUCCUCAAAUUCCAUCGCCUUUUAAUAAUCCAAACAUGAAUGGGAAUUGUCUAGCCCCUUCGAAUAAUACUAAUUUCAGUGGGACUAAUAAACCAAUAGCAAAGACACCAACCGAAACUGAAAACAACACCGAAAAGAAAACAAAUAAGGAAGACUGGCCACCUGCUUUAAAGCAAUGGGUAAAUAGAGUAUUUAAGAGUUCGAAAAAUGAAGAAGAAAAGGACGUUUUGCAACAAAAGCUAAAAGAAUAUCUCCAAAACAUAAUGGCAACCAGCAGCAUACACAGCAUAAACUGGAACAAUGUGCCAUUACUUAAGAUUGACUCGGAACGUCAUAGUCCAACAAAGCCCAAGGAAAGGAUAAUACCAUUUAGGUCGAGGAGGAAACGAUCAUCAAGUUUUGAUUCUGAUAGUAGUAUUGAAGAGACGCCAAAAAAGAAACUUGUAUCUUCUGUAACAACCAAAAAAGGAAAUAAAAAGAAAAAUAAAAAAAAUAAGCAAGUACAACGGUUUACAAUAGAGCAAGAUACACAAAAAUUACAGAGUAGAGCCGACCGAUUUCGGAAAGAUUUUUUCCGUGGGGACGAAAUUUCAACUGUAACAGCCCUUGGUUUGAACAGUACAUUAGAUAGGGAGGAAUCAGGUGAUUUAGACUGGGGAUCUAUGACAAUUGAAGGAACUGCCUCAAAUCUUGAGAAACCGUACUUAAGAUUAACGGCCGCCCCUGAUCCUAGUACGGUAAGGCCUCAGCGUAUUCUUGAAAAGGCUUUACAGCAUGUAAAAAGGAAAUGGAAGAGUGAUGAAAAUUAUUAUUAUGUAUGUGAGCAAUUGAAGAGUAUUAGGCAAGAUUUAACAGUACAGUGUAUACGUAACGAAUUUACGGUAGAGGUUUAUGAAACUCACGCUCGAAUUGCGAUGGAAAAAAGCGAUCACGAAGAGUUUAAUCAAUGUCAGACACAAUUGAAAUUAUUAUACAAUGAAGGUUUAAGGGGUCAGGAAGCCGAAUUCACUGCAUAUCGUAUUCUCUACUAUAUUUUUACUAGGAACACACUGGAUAUGUGCACAGCUCUAGCUAGAUUACCUGAAGAGUUGAAGCACGAUAAAUGCGUUUUACACGCUUUAGCGAUACGUUCGGCGUGGUCGUUGUCACAUUACCAAAAAUUUUUUAAAUUAUAUUCGAAAUCACCGAAAAUGAGCGGUUAUUUGAUUGAUUGGUUCGUGGAUAGGGAGCGUAAAGCGGCCCUAAAGAUCAUGUUAAAGUCAUAUCUACCGUCCCUUCCAGUUGAGUUAAUUGGUAAAAAUUUGGCGUUUACGAAUGAGGAAGGAAUGAGGACUUUUCUAACAUCGAUGAACGUCAAAUAUUUGGAUGUGGAUCGAGUGAAAGUUGAUACAAGGGCGUCGUUAGCCUCUUUGUUAUGA